CCCAGCUAGGUAAUCGCUAUUGAGUUUUCUCGGCAAUCGAACAGCUUUUAUAUCCUAAAUGUUGAUCGGGUGUUGUCGACUCGAUUGUCGGGUUUCAUCCUUGAGAUAAAUUGGUAGACCAGUCGGAGAUCCACAACCCACCUCGGAAUGUUACCGUGAGAUUUCUCCGCCGGGUCUUGACCUCAUCCAGAAGCACUAUACCGUUCUGAUAGAACAGAACCAGACUAUCAUGAGGCGACGCACUAUAGGGCGGUUAAAUGCAUCGAUCAUAACGACUGAAAACCCCCCUUUCUGUCAUUGAUAGCUGUCCUGUUUCUACAAAUCUGGCCUAUCUCUCAGCUUGAGUUUAGCUUCAUUCAAAACGGCUCGCAAAAAUGAGAAUCUGUGGGUUGGCGGCUUUAUUCUCCGUGGUGCUGGCUGCCGCCUCGCCAACACCUGACAGACGACGACAGCCUUUAACAAAUGCAAACUCAACCGAUGUAGCAAACAUCGGCUUUGCAACUCAGAAUGGAGGGACAACCGGCGGCCUCGGUGCCAAUGCGACAACCGCUACUACCCUUGCCGAGCUCAGUGCCGCCGUCUCGGAAACAAACCCACUGCCCGCCAUAGUCUUCAUUAAAGGAGCUAUCACUGGUGCCACAAAGGUCAGAGUGGGGAGUAACAAAAGCAUCAUCGGCCUCCCUGGGUCAUCGCUCAGGGGAAUCGGCCUCAUAAUACGCCACCAAAGGAACGUCAUCAUUCGGAAUCUUGUCUCGUCUCACGUCGUUGCCUCAUUAGCUGAGGAUGCCGUGAAGAUUGACAGCAGCACCAACAUAUGGAUUGAUCACUGCGAGUUCUCCUCCGCUCUUGUUGCAGAUAAAGACUAUUAUGAUGGUCUUGUGGACGCCUCUCAUGGUUCAGACUUCAUCACGGUUUCCCACACCUACUUCCACGACCAUUGGAAGACGACUCUCGUAGGCCAUUCCGACUCCAACGCCGCCCAAGACACCGGCAAACUUCGCAUCACCUACGCCAACAACUACUUCCGCAAUAUCAACUCCCGCGCCCCCCUCAUCAGAUUUGGCACAGCCCACAUCUUCAACAAUCUCUACGAAAGUGUUGGCAGCGCAAUCAACACCCGCAUGUCCGCCCAGGUCCUGGUUGAGUCCAAUUACUUUCUGAAUGUGACCACAGCAGUGACAAGCAAAGAUUCGAAAGAAGUCGGAUAUGCAACGUUGGAGGAUAAUGUCUUUGGGAGGGCAGCCAGUAACGCGCCGGUGGGGAGCUUGACCAAACAGAAGAUUCCGUACGCGUAUACUCUCUUGGGAAGUGGAAAGGUGCAAGGGGCAGUGCCCUUACAGGCGGGGGCGAGACUGAAUGUUACCGUGCCGGUUCCUGUGCAGCCAGAGCCAACAACGACUUCUUCGUCGACAACCACAUCGCAGACAAGCAUGUCCAUUACAACAACUUUAGUGACCACCACGUCUGCUCCAAUUACAACCACGUCGGUCAUAAGCACCCCGAGUACGACUACAUCGAAUACUAGCACCAUGGUCACUACCACCUUGGUCGAGUCGCCAACCACAGUCGAGCCAACAGUAGAGCCUACAACUACUGAGCCCACAACAACCACUGAGCCAACCACCACCUCUGACCCAACCUCAGCAACUGAGUUGACUACUACCUCUGAGCCGACCCCAACAACGGAAUCUGCCACAGAAAUCCCAACUACAGCAGAGCCUACAACAACAGCAGAACUGACAACAAUGACCACCAACCCAGAGCCAACUGAGUCCACCGACCCGGACACCUCCCAACCAACCGAGACACCCAACCCCACCACACCAUAUGACAGGCGUGCAGCCCCUAGGAGCAAAGCAGAGAAAGCCAGGGGAGGCGCAGCAACGAGCAUAAGAGGUGCCCUGGGCAAAGGUGAGGCCGUUGCAGAGCUAGGUAUCCACUUUGUCAGCCUAUUCCUUGCCUCCGUUGCCCAAAGUCCCACCAACAGACCGGCAGCAGGUGGCCGUGUCAGGAGGGGGAGAGGGCUCGCCGCUGCCGGAGGAGCAGCCGCAGUCGUAGACGCAGGUCUGGCGCGCGUCGAUCUCGCUGUCGGGCUGGGGAGCCGCCGAGACGAGGGCCGUGAGGGCGAGGAUGAGGGUGGUGGUGAACUUCAUCUUGAAGGUUUGUUUCUCGUCGAAAGUGUUGUUUGA